UACUUCAGUAUGGCGGAGCUGCUGCUGGCUAGGCUGAAUGGUUUUCUCACAGUACCGACGGGUCCUAAAACCCUGCACCGCGGAUGCUCUCUUGGAGAGUGGGAGAGGAGCAGCAAUUUGCGCCCGAGGGUGCUCAGUUCAGUCUGAUCGUUUGGUGGACGGAAUUCUACCUCUGCUCAUGACCGAGGUCUCCACCUGUGGCUCGACGUGAUGAACUCCUGAGAAACGACUGCCUCUCUUCUUGGCCCUAAAUGGUGGUCACUGCAUCGGCCACGCAGACGCACUGACAAACCCACUGCUCUCCUGUCCUUCCCAGGCUAGUCUUCACCAGCACUAACCAUGAGCUCUCAUAGUCGACAAGGUGGCCUGACCAGCAAGGAGGAACCACUGGAAUUUAUUAAACCGACUUCACGCAACCAUUUUGUGGAUGUGAGCACAGCAGUGCUGCCCACGCAGGUGCCCCCCACCUCCACAGCCAUCCUUCCCAUGGACCUGCGCGUAGUGGACCACCCUCACCACCAGCAGCCCCCCUUUGGCCUGGUCCCCCAACCCCACCCCACUCCGGUCUCCUCCGCAGGGUCGUCCGAGACCGGCCACGGGCCAGUCAUCGGUCACCAGGAGCAGCACUUGCAGCAGGAGCUGGUGGUUCUCAAACACAAGCAGCAGCUCCAGAGGCAGCUGCUGAUUGCAGAGUUUCAGAGGCAGCAUGAACAACUUUCAAGACAACAUGAAGCCCAACUUCAAGAACAUAUCAAGCACCAACAAGACAUGCUGGCGCUCAAGCACCAACAAGAGCUGUUGGAGCAUCACAGGAAGAUUGAGCAACAACGUCACGAGCAGCAGCUGGAGAAGCAGCAGCGGGAACACAAACUCCAGCAGCUCAAAAACAAGGAGAGGGGACAAGAGAGUGCAGUUGCCAGUACAGAGGUAAAGAUGCGACUUCAGGAGUUUGUCCUGAACAAGAAGAAAGCCCUGGCUCAGCGAAACCUAAACCACUGUCUGCCCAGCGACCCACGCUACUGGUAUGGAAAAACCCAGCAUAGCUCUUUGGACCAGAGCUCCCCUCCCCAAACAGCGUUGUCAGCUUACAACCAUCAACUGCUGGGCACAUAUGACUCAAAGGACGACUUCCCUCUACGCAAAACAGCUUCUGAGCCCAACCUAAAGCUUCGCUCAAGGCUAAAGCAGAAGGUGACAGAGCGUCGCAGCAGCCCUCUGCUCCGCAGGAAAGACGGACCCAUCACUACUGCCAAGAAGCGUUCCAUGGACGUGGCUGAGUCAGUAUGCAACAGUGCCCCAGGCUCAGGUCCCAGUUCCCCCAACAACAGCUCCAGUAACAUCCCCAAUGAGAAUGGGGUCACGGUCUCCACCAGCCCAGGAGAGGCCGCUCUGCUUCAGAGGUUGGCUGCAAGAGAAGGCUCUCUUAGCCAGCUGUCUCUCUAUACGUCACCCUCUCUGCCUAACAUCACCCUGGGACUGCCAGCCACGGGUCCUGCUAGCACUGUGGUUUCAGGACAUCAAGAUGGUGAGAGUCAUCUGGCACUGCCUGCGUUACAGCAGGGCAUUCCACUGACCCCUCCUUUCCUGCCCACUGCCCACCUGCCCCCUUACUUGGCAUCUUCAGCGCUGGAGAGAGAUGGUGCUGGAGGGGGCACGGCAGGUCACAACCCCCUCCUCCAACACAUGGUGCUGCUGGAGCAGAGCCACAGUCCUAUGGUUGGGCUGGGUGGCCUACCACUGCCAUCACCCUCCGUGUCCAAGCUUGUACGGGGCCACCGUCCCCUGGGGAGAACCCAGUCGGCCCCUCUGCCUCAGCAGCAGUGUGGACAGGCCCAGGCCCUGCAGCAGUUGGUGGUCCAGCAGCAGCACCAGCAGUUCCUGGAAAAGCACAAGCAACUGUUCCAGCAGCAGCAGCAACAGCACAUCAUCAACAAGAUCAUGUCAAAGCCGGGUGAUCAGGUCUCGGCUGCGGGCUCCAGUGCCUCGGGGCCGGCCAGGCAGCACCAGAGUCACCCAGAAGAGACAGAAGAGGAGCUCAGGGAGCACCAGGCACUCUCCUCGUCCUCGUCGUCAUCCUCCUCCACUUCUGCGCAGGAUGCGGGGUUGCUACGGGGGGUUGUCAUCAAGCAAGAGCCUCCAGAUCCCCAGGAGCAGGAAGAGAGGGAGAGGCAGGCUGAGCAGGACUUUGUGUUUAAACAGCAGGCUCUGAUAUUAGAGCAGCAGCGGAUCCACCAGUUGAGGAACUACCAAGCCUCCAUGGAAGCAGCUGGGUUGUCAGUCAACUUUGCAGGACACCGUCCCCUGUCCAGGGCUCAGUCCUCUCCAGCCUCUGCCUCCUUCCCCAUGGUUGAGCCUCCAGCCAAGCCUCGAUUUACUACAGGCCUAGUGUACGACUCUCUGAUGCAGAAGCACCAGUGUAUGUGCGGCAACACCACUAGUCAUCCAGAGCACGCUGGCCGCAUUCAGAGCAUCUGGUCCCGGCUGCAGGAAACGGGCCUCAGGGCGCAAUGCGAGUGUAUCCGUGGAAGGAAGGCCUCUCUGGAGGAGUUACAAACAGUUCACUCUGAAGCGCAUGUCCUGCUGUAUGGAACUAACCCACUGAGGCAGAAACUAGACUGCUCAGUAAGUCCCAUGUUUGUGAGGCUACCAUGUGGAGGAAUUGGGGUGGACAGCGACACCAUUUGGAAUGAGGUCCAUUCAUCCAGCGCAGCUCGUCUGGCUGUCGGCUCUGUGGUGGAGCUGGUCUUCAAAGUAGCAUCGGGAGAACUGAAGAAUGGUUUUGCUGUAGUUCGACCACCUGGACACCACGCUGAGGAGAGCACGCCUAUGGGCUUCUGUUAUUUUAACUCAGUUGCUAUAGCAGCCAAGCUCCUGCAGCAGAGGCUCAAUGUCAGUAAAAUCCUCAUCGUGGACUGGGAUGUUCACCACGGUAACGGGACCCAGCAGGCCUUCUACACAGACCCCAGUGUCCUUUACCUUUCUCUGCAUCGCUUCGAUGAUGGGAACUUCUUCCCUGGCAGUGGUGCACCUGACGAGGUGGGAAGUGGUACUGGUGUAGGCUUCAACGUAAACAUGGCUUUCACUGGAGGACUGGAACCUCCUAUGGGUGAUGCGGAGUAUCUAGCUGCAUUCAGGACGGUGGUCAUGCCUAUUGCCAACGAGUUUGCCCCAGACAUGGUCUUGGUAUCUUCAGGCUUUGACGCAGUGGACGGACAUGCCCCACCCCUGGGAGGAUACACACUGACAGCCAAAUGCCUUGGCUACCUGACCAGGCAGCUGAUGGGUCUGGCAGGCGGUCGCUUGGUGCUUGCCUUGGAGGGGGGUCACGACCUCACCGCCAUAUGUGAUGCCUCUGAAGCCUGCAUCUCUGCACUGCUUGGCAAUGAGCUGGACCCCAUUCCUGACGAGGUACUGCAACAGAGACCAAAUGCCAAUGCUGUGCACUCUAUGGAGAAAGUAAUAGAAGUUCACAGUAAGUACUGGCGUUCACUGCAGCGCUCCGCCUCCACACUGGGUUGUUCGUUGAGCGAAGCCCUCCAGCGUGAUGCAGAGGAAGCCGAAACAGUUUCUGCCAUGGCGUCCUUGUCUGUCGCCAACAAGCACAUCGGAAAGAGAGCUGAAGAGGAACCAAUGGAAGAGGAGGGUCCUAUGUAAAGAAACAUCCCUGGCCUGUGACCACUCAGACAAGUCUUCAUCUUUGAUCCUCAUCCAGUCAGUUCAAGCCUAAAUUCUCUGUGUCACCCUGCCGUAUCAAUGGCACCUUAUUACGGGAGACGACGAGCAGAGCUGACAGAAGUGGCACUCAAAGGAAACGGACCACUGACGAUAAGCGAUGCGUGCGUUGAUCAGCAGAGCGGUCAGCAUCAGUGUGUUGCCUUGCAUUGCUCUUCAAGACGUUGGAUUUAAGAGGAUUGACUCAACUGUCCCACAAUGACAGCCCCGAGUGCCAGUGCUUUUAAAACACUAGACAGGUGUACUUUUUGAUUGCCAGUUGGAAAACACACACAGUUGUCUACUUUUCAUAUUAUUCUGUUUUCUCUGUGCUUUAGCUUCAUCUUUUCACUUUCAACAAGACCACCAGAGCUAUCGUGAUUGUGACUGCACUAAGGAUGGAUUCCCGCUUGAUGGAGAUGUCUCAAUGAAAGGAACAAUUUUCCAAUGUUGUUGGAGAUUACAGAUUGGAAAGGUCAGCGGGUUUCCAAAAUGACUGACAGUAAUAGACUGUGCAUUUGUGCCUUUAUUUCAGACCUGGUGGAUUUUUUUUGUUGAACUCCACUGAACGAGCCUUAAAACAGGUUUUGGGAGCGAGGUCUCUCCUCCCCAGCCCCUUGAACAUUUCGAUCCCGGCAAGACAUCCACUGCCUGCAUGUUGUUGGCACAUAGACUGAAGGACCUUGGCAUGUUUACCUAAUGUCUCUCCCGACAUCUUUACAUUUUUCCCUCAUUUUCAAUCUCGGCUUGGAAGGUAGUUCCCAGCCACAAGUUGGAGGUGCCUCUGUUUAAAAGGAAGUUCAAGGUGGGAUUUGUAUUAUCAUAUAAUCAUGUAACAUAUAGACAUUAGUUCUUCUUUACCGAGGGAAGAGUUAAGUAGCAUGCACUUUACUAGAGCAGCAGAAGACCUGGAAAGUAGAAUCCUAUUCAUACGGUAUGUAUGUAGUUAGACAAUAACGAGCCAAAGCAUGACACACUAUCUUCUCUGUACAACCCCACACACAUAACAGACAUAGCAGUGAUGUUUUCUACACCAGAAUAGUCUCACCUUUUGCAGAGAGACUGAAAGGAGUUACUCAUAGAGGCCAAUUUGUUGGACCAGCCCUCUCUUUAAGACAAAUGUGUCUCCGUGGUAACAAGAACCACACCACCUGGGAUUUUCCAGGAGGGUUCACUGGGCCUGCACGGGCUCCAACAGCUGGUUUAACAUCUUCAGCCUCUUGUUAAACACAUCUGCUGCCCAAAUGUCAGGUGCUAUGAAGCAGGUGUUUGUCUGUCAAUAUACAGUGAAGCACAGGCUGCUCUUUAUACAUUUAUAAUAUUACACACAUGUGCACAUAUUAGUUGUUUUAAGUUCAAAUUUUCUUUUGAUACAACCGGAGGGUCAAACGGAUAUAUUGAGUGACUUUAAGUAGCACAUGUAGCUCAGCUUCUCUUUUCUUUUUUUUCUUUUUUAACCCUAUGUGGGGUUGGAGUUUUAUUGUUACAGAUACUGUAUCAGAUCUUAUCUUAUGAAUGGAAAGAUUACUAAAUAUAAAAAAUUUAAAAAAGACAAGGAAUAGUACUUAAAUUGUAUUCAAAAUAUUUUGGAACGGAAUCCGAAAAGAAUUCAGAAACCAGGCCAAAUAAUCAGACUGCAACACACCAAUCACCACCACAUCCUUUUGCAGAACUUUGAAAAGCUGCCUGAUGAAGCAGCCUCAGUAACUGGAGAGCGUCAGACUGUACCAGCCGCUGUGGCCACUGUCAGACUUCCUGUCUGUAACCAUCCUUCCAACUUGUGUUUGGCCCUCUGGGCAACUACCUUCAGCCUUUAUUUCAUCUGCAAGCUGUUACCGUUGUUGUUUACUGUACAUAGGACACUGAUAUCCUGAGUAUUCCUGCCACACACGCACACACACACACACGUACGUCUGUCAAUGACUACUUCUACCUUUCCCUCACAUCCGAGUCGAUUUCCUCACUCUGUCGCCCUUUCAGUGGACUCCAGUGACUUAUUUUUGUACUUUUUUAAAUGUGUUAUCCUGUUGUUUUGUACUUGUCCUGCGCUCUCUCUCUCUCUCUCUCUCUCUUUCUCUCUCUCCCUCUCUCUCUCCCUCUCUCUCUCCCCCUCUCUCCUCUCUCUGUUCCUCUGUUACAUUGUAAAGCUGACUUACUUCAGAGCAGGUGAGGGCCCAGACUCUGAUUUUAGUGGAACACGUUUUCUGGGUUCAGGGUUUUUAGCAGGAGAGGAGGAGGAAGCAAAUGUUUCUACUUUGUAUAAUGAUGGACAAUUGUGUAUUUACCGUCUGUUCAUAGUAGAUUUAUAUAUAAAAAGAAAUGAGUAUAUUAUAUAUAUCUAUACAUAAUGAAAUACUAUGAUCUUGUUUUUGAAGUUGGUAUUGCAAAACUUUUCGUGGGUCUUGCGUACAGUCGACUGUUUCAGGGCGUUGCUGAAAGCCCCGUGCUGUCCUGGUGGAGCAGCGUUUUAUUGGCCGUCGUUUUGUCUUUCAAUAGUGAUGACUAGUUUUUUUGCUUUAUUUAUCCCUUUGGUACCAUAACACUGUUACAGUAGGUGUGCAGUUGCCCUCUGCUCAGCCUCACAUAAUUCAUGCACAUAUUUGUACUAUUCCAUACUUUUCUUGCGUAGAUGACAUCUAAUCUUGGCCGACAUCUAUUAAGUUUCGGUAUUUUCAAAAAAAAAAAAGAGAGAGAGAGCGAGAUGAGACCAUAAUUCAAAAUCCGAAUGCUACACUUCUUAAAAAUGACUGAUGUUAUGAUCUGUUCUCUCACAUGUGUUUGGCUUCUUAAAGGUUUACAAGUUCAUCCCGUAGCAUCUCUGAAAGAAAAAUGGGGAGGGUGGAUUUGAACUGGAAUGCAGCCAUUCUGUUCCCCCGCUUUAAAUCACAGAGAUGACUUCGCAAAUGAGCUUUCAUGAUCAUCAGUUAUUUUCUUAUCGGUCCAAAUGUCCCCACAUUUAAUUUCAAUUACAACCUGUCGGGCCUGUAUCGGUAAUCUCAUUCGUCAGCUGUGGUAUGCGGGUGGUGCCUGUGUGUUUUCAGGGUGGCCUGCAGUUUAGCACGUCUUGUGUCCCAAAAAAAGAAAGGAAAUAACACAGGUGUUUGAUCCCUACAGCAGCCCACGUCUUUUCAUCCUUGGAGGAUGACGAAAUUCCACUCCUGGCUCUUACUAUACAGGCAUCAAUGUGUCUGGCUUAAAGGAAUGGGGGAAAAAUAGAAGCAAAUUGUCGCAUGACUGAAGUGGAGGCUACACAGUAGAUUCCCUCAAUUUGACUGAAUGUAUCUGACCUCUAAAAGCAGACAGAUUGUGUCUCUUUGCUGAUACACCUUUAAUAUCACACAAUAUCACUUAAAUCACCUCCGAUAAUUCAGUUUUUGUGGAUUCAAGUUUGCAGUAAAUUACUACGAGGUAGGCUUUGCCCAAAAGAUACCUAAACUCUAAGCGUUGGCAGUUUUAUUCAGCUUUUUUCGUACAUUCAUUUCUACUAGACACCUACUCAAACUCUCUUGUUUUCUCUCCUGUGACUUUUGGCUCAUUUGUUGUGCGACGUUUGUAUACUUAACAGGGUAUUUGUAAUCGGCAUGAGAAAAUGCAUAUUGUCAGGCAAUCCUGUAUAUGACCUCAGCUGGGAUACUCUGACAUCUUUGGCAUUUGAAGAGACGCUUUUGAGUAACCCGGCCCAGAACAUUCCCAGAACCUUUGCACAGCGGUGCCAGUCAUGACUUGUCUUCUGUUUAAUGCUUCGGUUUCUCAAACGCAGCCAAAACUAGCACUGUCUGGCUACUCUGGCCAUCUGUCUUUACUGUCUUAAAACAAUGUCCAGUAACCAAAAAGAGAAGAAGAAAAAAAAAGCAUUACAUUCCAUUUUGUUAUAAUUUCCAUUUAUUAUGAGGCAAAUCUUUUUUUUUAUUAUUUAACCCUCAUAGGUUGAAGAACUGUUUAUUUAGGUGGUCUGGUCUGACUCCACUCCAUUCCUCUUCUCUCUCUGCAUGAUCUGUAUGUCUGCAUGUACUGCCUACCUACCUACCUACCUGUCUGUCUGUCUGUCCCCUACCACAUACCAGCACAACAAGGGAUCAAGCACUGAAGGACAUUAGUACUUUCACUGUAUCCAUACUGACUUUAUCUUUUUACUGCUUUUUUUGUUUGUUUGUUUCUAGUGGGGAGGAGUUUGGGUGCGUUCCAUGUUGUGUUUAUACCUGUAGCAUAUGGAAUCAUCAAACCUGGAAGUUGAAUAUUUUACAAAAAGAAAAAUGGAAAAAAAAAUGUAUCUAGCACAGACAAUAGAUUUUAUUGUAUUUAUGUAGAAAACAACAACAAUAGUUUUAGUGGGACGCUUUGUAAACUGCAACAACAGAAUGGACACUUUCUUUCUUAAUACCGGGCGAGAUGUGACUUCGGUGGGUUUUUGUUUUUUUUAGGAAGACGUUUUGGUUCCUUGUCACAUAUGGACUUAUCAAAGGGCUCCAUCCAGACGCCUGGUCAUUGUUACGGUCGCCAUUCCAAUAAAUAAGCCAGUUAUCUCUAUGACCACUGUGGUUCAGAAACAGUUCUAGGUUUACAUAUGUAUAAAACGCAUAUUCCUUUUUUUUAUCACUUAUGUUUUUGACUUGUUCCACCAUUGUUACAGAAAUAGUCAAUUUUUCUCGGGAACCUUUGCUCUAACAUGUUGUCUUUGACAUCUACAAUAUAAAGUAUUGUUUUGGAAAAA